UCUCUGUAAUCGAGAUGUACCAGCGCAUUAUCUACUUGUCAAGGCUCAUGAAAUGUCCGAUGACUUUCCCUUUCUACCACCAGUAAAGGUAUGGGACUACGAUAUGAAACGUGAGGCCCAGGAGAUACUCCCCAACCUCUACCUCGGCCCGUUCGGUUGCGCUCGUGAUCUCGAUGUCGUACGGCGGGUCGGAAUCACCCAUAUCGUCGUCGUCCGGAGUGUCGAGGAGAGUCGUUUUUUGAGAGAGAAAUUCGUGGAUGAUGGCAUAAGAUACCUCACUAUCGAUGCCCGAGACUCGCCCUUCGAGAAUAUGAUACGACACUUCAAGCCCGUCAGUGAAUUCAUCAAUUCAGUUUUAUCAUCUAGUCCAUCACACAAGAUACUAGUGCACGGUAAUGCAGGCCUUUCACGUUCAUCUACUCUUGUGGCUGCUUACAUAAUAGCAAGAUACGGUCUUAGCACAGACGAAACGCUCGCUUAUAUUCUAACACGACGGCAUUGCUGUGCUCCCCACGAAGGUUUCAAGAAUCAACUCAGAGAGUAUGAGGCCCUUUGCAGG